UGUGAAAAUUUGUACAGUUGUAUAUCUAAUGUCUUUUGCUUCCUAUUCCACACAUAGCCCUCAACUUACAUAGCACAAUGGAGAGCCACUGUGUACAGAAAACGGCUCAGGAUAAUGUGAAAAGAGGAAGAAUUUUUUGAUGUACUGCCUUUAAGUCUCCUUUAAAUCUGUAAUGGUCCCUCUGUACAAGAAACACAUUGGUUCUCAGAAGAAGACAGGAGGCCUCUGCUGCUUUAGAAGAGCUAAAAGGUGGAGACAGAGUCUCCUGUGGUACAGAAGUUAUUCCAGAUGAAGCUGUGGUGCAGAAGAUACUGGAUAAUGAAGAGCAGAGCCCCUGAUCCAGUAGCCAAUGCAAAAGAAUCCAUUGAGGCAAGUCAGUCAAAGAGCAUGUUUCCCUGUAGAGAGUUAUGCAGCAAACAGUCGCAAAACAGGCAUCACUUAAUGAAGUAUACACAUUACUAAUGUCCAUCCUGCGGAGAAAUGAACUGUGAAAAAAUUCAAGCAAACAUGUUCCAACUGUUCAUACAAAGGAUUGCCUCAACCAAGUGGUUGGUACUAAAAUGAUAUGGGUGGCAGUCAUUGGUGAUUGGUUCAACCUCAUAUUUAAAUGGAUUUUAUUUGGCCAUCGCCCAUACUGGUGGGUGCAAGAAACAAUGAUUUAUCCCAAUCAGUCAAGCCCAUGCCUUGAACAGUUUCCUAUAACAUGUGAAACUGGACCAGGAAGCCCAUCUGGACAUGCCAUGGGAUCUUCCUGCGUCUGGUAUGUAAUGGUCACAGCAGCACUUAGCUACACCGUUAGAUGGAAAGAUAAAUCAGCAGUUACCCUUCACAGACUGACAUGGUCAUUCCUCUGGAGUAUUUUUUGGAUUAUCCAGAUCAGUGUGUGCAUCUCGAGAGUAUUUAUAGCAACACAUUUCCCUCAUCAAGUUAUUCUUGGAGUAUUUGCUGGGAUUCUUGUGGCAGCAGCAUUUGAGCACACUCCUGCUAUUCAGACAGCAAGCUUGAGAAUGUACAUCAAGACAAACUUGUUUCUUUUCAUCUUUGCCCUUGGCUUUUAUCUAGUCCUCAAGCUUCUAGACAUUGACUUGCUGUGGUCUGUUCCAAAGGCCAAGAAGUGGUGUGCCAACCCAGACUGGAUAAACAUCGACACAACUCCCUUUGCUGGACUGGUGAGGAAUUUAGGUGCACUCUUUGGCUUAGGUCUUGGAAUUAAUUCUGAAAUGUUCAUCACGAGCUGCAAAGGUAAAAAUAGCUGUAAGAUAAGUUUCCGUGUACUGUGUAUAGCUGCUUCUUUAGCUACACUGCAGCUGUAUAAUUUCAUUAAGAUACCUACUCAUACUGAGUAUUUGUUCUACAUUCUCUCUUUUUGUAAGAGUGCGGCUAUGCCCCUUACUGUAGUUGCCUUGGUUCCGUACUGUGUCCACUCAUUAAUGAGGACAAGUGAAAAGAAACUUAAUUAGAUAAAGUUUCCAAGUGGUUAGCGAUGUGGGGAUGGAUAUGAACUGUUCAAGAACCCUCCACAAAGGCAGUUUUGCUAACUCAUUUUAACCAAGGGGAAUGCCACUGCAUCUUUGAUGUGCUCCGGGGAAGUAACCAGUACAUCCAAACCCAGUACAUUUAAGAGUGACUUGGGCAGCUCAGAAAGAUUAAUUCUGAUUUUAUUCCUAGACAUAUUGCAACCACACUGCAGUAUGGUUGGUAAUGACCCAAUACUCUGGGUCAUAACGAAGUUAGAAAGUAUAAUCAACUCGGUUGAUUUAGCUACUUGGUGGUCUUUUAGUUCUGUCCAUCUCCAGCUAGAUGGUGCUUCAAGCCUCCAUUGUACAUAAUGAUACUCAAUAUUUAAUUUUUUUAUAUAUAGAUAUUGUGUGUUAAACUGCUAGAUAAUGGUGUCAGUAUCACACCACUUACAACUGUACAGCUGUACCCAGGCACUGUGAAAAGGGCCAGCAUAGUUAUAAACAAGGCUUUAGAUUUAACUUAUUGAGCUUCCUGAGCAAAACAGCUUCUGAUUAAGCCAGAUGAGAAAAAAAAUAAAAGUUUAUUUCAAUUA